GUUAAACUGUGAUUCACAAAAAUCUGAUAUAAAUUCAUUUACAGUCGAUUCUGCCAUCUAAUACAAACUACUUAACUUAUUUUGUAAAGCAUUACAGUUUUCUUCAAUAGCGACACAACAAAAUUUGGAUUUUGGGCGCUUGAUGGUGUAUUUAAAUAUUCAUAAUGGUACCUAUGUGAAACACAGAAAAUUGUAUCUCCAAGUUUAACUUUAUUUACUUUUCUAGAAUUAACUUUGAAGAAGGUUGGUUAUAUUUCUGAUGUGUUCAAUAAUACGCAUAAUUAAUUUAAAUUAGUGUUUGUAGACGUGUUAAUCUAAAAAUAUGCCCCGAAAAUACCGACUUGCUUGGGAAUCGGAUGCUGAAUUUAAAGAAAGUUAAUCUGUUUAAUAGAAUUUUAAUGGUGUGGGUCAUUAAUAAUUAAUUAUUCUAUGUAUGAUGGAUUGGUCCUGUAUCAGAAGAUGACACAAAAUCAAAGAUAUGUAAAUGGCAGAUUUACAAUAUAUUGUAUAAAAUCUACUAAAAUUCUACGCUGGUAAAAUGACACUUGACAGCCAAAAAAGAAGAAAAAAAUGACAGAUGACAGCCGAAAAAGAAGAAGAAAUGACAGAUGACAGCUCAGAAAAAAGAAGAAGAAAUGGCAGAUGAAUUUGGGGGGAUUUUUUUAAAAAAAUGUCAUUUUUGGGGGAAUUUGUAGUUCAGGUUGGGGGAAUUGUAUAAAUCGGUCUGGCAACCCUGUCUGACUCUGACAUGUUUGUUUAUACUUUAUAGAGAAACCAUUUUUUUUUGUAAAAAUAAAAUUUGGAUUUCUAUUAACAAAAUGGAAGGUAAAGAUACAGUAACAAAUAUCAAGUUUGAGAAUAGUAUUGUUGUCAAGCUUGAAUUCAUAAAAAAAGAACCUACUCCAGUAGUAGAUACUUAUAUUGAAGACCAUAGACGUGGAGUUUCUGACAUUAGUUUGGACCAAAUUAAAACAGACUUAUCACUUGAAUAUAAGACAUUCGAACAGAACCAACAUGAUUUAAUACAAUUCCCGUAUUUUAAUAGUGAUAUUAAUAUAAAACCAGAGCCUACUGCUAAAGGAAGUCGAAGCAGUGCACAUGAUAGCUUCAAAAAUGAAAUUGAAGAGGAGCCCGAUAGGGAAAGUACAUGUGAUACACUUGAUGAUUCAGACUUAAAUGAAUACUCAUUAAAAAUUGAAAUAGAAGAAGAAGAAAUUAAAUUUAUGCCUUAUGAAGAAAAACAGACAGAUGAAAUAGAUUUUCCCAAGAAGAACGACACUUUGGAAGUCACGAAAACAGAAGUACAUUCAUCUAAUAAAGAAAAACAUACGAGUCAACCUGCAGAAGAAAAAACAUUCGAAUGUGAAAUUUGUGAGAAGCAGUUUGACGAAGCAUGUAAAUUGAAAAAACAUUUAAAAGUGCACACUCGAGAAAAGUCCUACAAGUGUGAAAUUUGUUUUAAACAGUUCAGUCAAUCAGGUAAUUUAAAAAAACAUUUGAGAAUGCACACUGGUGAAAAACCUUACAAGUGUGAUAUUUGUUUUAAGCAGUUUAGUCAAAAUCAAAGUUUAAAAACGCAUUUAAGAGUACACACUGGAGAGAAGCCUUACAAGUGUGAAAUUUGUUCUAAGCAAUUUACUCAUGUAGGGAGUUUGAAAGGACAUUUGAUAGUACAUACUGGUGAAAAACCUUACAAGUGUGAUAUUUGUUUUAAGCAGUUUAGUCAACAUGAAUAUUUAAAAACGCAUUUAAGAAUACACACUGGCGAAGAAUCGUACAAGUGUGAAAUUUGUUCUAGGCAAUUUAAUCGAAAUGGAAAUUUGAAAACACAUUUAAGAAUACACACUGGGGAAACGCCAUACAAGUGUGAAAUUUGUUUUAAGCAGUUUAGUGAAGCAAGAAAUUUGAAACAACAUAUUAUAUGUCACAGUGGAGAAAACCCUUAUAAGUGUGAAAUUUGUUUUAAGCAAUUUACUCAAGCACGAAGUUUGAAAUCACAUUUGAGAAUACACACGGGAGAAAAACCCUACAAGUGCGAAACUUGUUUCAAGCAGUUUGCUCGAUUAGAUUAUAUGAAAAGUCAUAUGAAUACACAUCAGAGAAAAAAGUUACAAGUGUGAAAUUUGUUUUAAGGUACAUACUAGUACACUUUACAAGACCAAAAAUCUUUUUUUUAUUUAUUUAUUUAUUAACGGGAUAAAUCCAAUACAUACAAAAUACAAUAAAGCAGAGCUUUCGUCAUAAUAAUGAAAAUAUAAAAAUUAGAUACACGUAAAACUACAACUAUAAAACACAAACAUAAAAAAAAAGAAUGUGUAUGUACUUUGUACGCACGUAAGAAGUUUUACUUCUAUUAUAUGAUUUCAACGAAAUAAAUACACUUUCAACAGGUUAUUUGUAUUUAAAGAUUAAACUAAUUUUUACUUACUACUUUCCAAAAAUUUUUAUUAAAACAAUACUAAAAUAAAAAAAAGUUAGAUAACACACGGAAUCGAACCAGCGACCUCUCGAUCUCCGGUCGAACGCGCUACCACCGAGCUAAACUACCUUUGCUCUGACAGCUUACAAGAUUUCUCAUACAUACUGACAAAUAAUUUAAUAGACCAAGAAGUGAGGUAUAAAAAUACUUUAAAAUUUAAAGUAUAUACUUACUAUUAUUAUAAAAUAUUUUAUUCCCGAGGAAGACAAAUCCAAAGACACGAAAAUUAUAAUAAAUAAUACAUUUACUAAAAACACUAAUAUAUUCUUUUAAUGACUCAUUUGCGCUGAUACAUAGGUACAUAAUUUGAAAGAUUAGCAACGAACUACAUACUGUCUGUCGGCGCAUGCGCCAGGCAAGUAUAAAAUUUCACCCUCGAUCGUAAAGAAGUAUAACUUCAAUAAAAAAGAAUAUAAAUUAUUUUUAAAUGAUGAAAACAACUGUAUCAAUUACAACAGUUACAUUUAUUUAAUUUUUUUUUAAUUUAACCCUUAAUAUCCUGAAUUAAUAUAUUUAGAAAAUUUUAUUUUUUUUUUUGAUUUUUAUGUAUUCAGGAGAAGGUUUUCAAACAAAAUACAUACAUUUUUUUCUUAAUUAUUUUUGAUUUUUUAGAAAAUUGCCGUGACAUAUAUGUAACGCUAGGACGAUAUAGGAGCAAACAUAUUUAAAAGAUUUUCGAUUAUAAAUUUCAAAAUAACAGACAAAUACAAAACUAUAUAUAGCAUCAACAUCUAAAGUUUCAACGGCAUCAAUUAUCUCCAGCGCCUCUUGAAGAGAAAACCCUUUUCUGGAACAAACAAUACGUUACAAUUCCAAAAGUUCCGAUUUUUGCUCCCAUAUGUUCCUAGCGUUACAUAUAUGUAACACCAAAAAUUAAAGGAAUUUUUUACAAAACCAGGAUAAAAUUUCUAAAAACUUAUAUUAUCAAUAAGAAAAGACAUUAAUUUAUUCUCAAUUGAAAACACUUUAAACAAAAUAUAAUAACAAAAGAAUAGUAAAAAUAAACUUACUCAAACUUGAGAUCCAUUUUUAUCAUAAAUAAUAAACACCGUCACAUAAAACACUCAAGUAAAUAAAAAGAUUAGAUCAAAUCCUCGAAUCAACUGCUGAAAACUAGUAAACAGGUGUCCCUUGAAAGUCUUGCAUCAUCAUCUAGUUAAAAUUAGGAUCUCUUCCCGAAUUUAAGGCUUUUUUUAAGAUUUUAGCGGUUUUUGCGUUACAUAUAUGUAACGCUAGGAGCUUAAGGGUUAAAAUUCAAGACGCUCUAGUUCCUGUUUAAUAGAGGAAAUUGAAGAACCAAACAGAUCUAUUAGAUGACUAAACUUGUUUCCAUACAGGGUCAAUCUACUAAUUGGUGCAUAUUGACCAUAAUUUGUAGCAUGCCGUUGUUCCUUGAAUAUUUGUGGAUUUCGUGUCAAUCUAGCAGGUAUAUUAAAGUAUACAAGACUUAUCAAUUCUUCAGAGUUAAUAACACCAGAGAUAAUUUUGCGAGGAUAACAAAUAUUCAAUAUGACUCUUCUGCGUUCAAGAAUUUGUAAAUUUAAUUUCAUUAAUAUAUCGAGGGGUUUGAGCGAAAACCCGAUAAAUAUCAAAAUUAUGAAAUCUGGUAUUUUUAUUUCUGCUGUAGUAAAAACACGUCCCCUACCACUGGUAAAUGUUAUUAUUUGAUAUUUACAUUUUUAAGCACAAUAACUAAUAAAAACCAAAAAUGGUAAAAACCGGUAACUCAUAUUUUUAAAUAACACCAACCCGAUAUAUAACUUUACUGAUAAAAAUACUUUGUUGUAAACAUAUUUUUAUAAUAUGAGAAUUAGGGUGGUUCAAGAUCUUAUGUGAAAAACUCGAGUUGAAUGUAAAAGCCAAGGGACCUCCCAAUUCUUUUCUAAUUGAUAAAAGAAGUAAGGGGCCAAAAUAUGAAAGCCAUAAGUCACUUGGAAGGCAGUGCUCAAUACUGUUUAAGUAAUGAAAACGGGAAUAUUUUUAUCGAUUUUUGAAAAAAUUACAAGUCAUAUUAGGAUACAAAAACUUAAUUUAUUUGUUUAUUUUACAUUGGAACCCAUGUUUAAAAUAAGUACAUUUUAUAGUCAAGACGAUAAUAAAAAUGAACUCUUUAAAUUUCGUCUUUGGAAAUGGAUGGUUUCUGUAGGCUUUCUAGAACUGCCUUCUUUGUUGGCUCAGUCGGGACUUAUUUUCGAUUAUCCUCUACAAUCUGCAGUAACAGCUGUUUUUCGUACUCAUCAUUUGUUAUGAGUUUGUUAAAAUCUUGAAAUAGUUUUACACCUCUUUCUGCGAUGUCCUUGACCACUUUGAUUUUAUUUACUGUAUUUUUUGACUCUUUAAACUCUGGGUCCUGUUCCCAUUCACUUGGGUGCUUGUUUAAAAAUUUUUGCAUAAUGUUUAGCUUAGUAAACAACAACAUUAUUCUACUAUUAGCAAAAUCAGCCAAUUCACAUUCAUCACUUAGGAAAUCAGCAUUUCCUCUAAUCAUCCUUGGCGGUGCUGGGACAGACAUCUUAUUCACUAUGCUCACUUUGAUUUCAAGGCUCACUUUAUUGGAAAAAAGUGAUGAUAACCCGACCAUUUCGUCAGAUAGGUGCCACAAAUGUGGCUGCAAGGCUUUUUUGAUAGUUUUAGCUUCAUCAAUGACGCUGUAUUUCCCAGCCUCUUUCCAAAAAAUUAGGUCGUUGAAAGCUGCAUUGGCGCUAAUUGGAGCCUCAACCCAGUUUUUCACAUAAAAAAGUGCACCGAAACGGAUAAAUCUGUCGAUAAGUUUUCUUUCUCCUUGUUUGUGAGAUGGUAAACUCCUUGACCUACUAAAAGGUACAACUUAUAUGCAUAAAUAAGCUUCACCAUCCACCGAGCGUGGUGUAUAGGCCAGGUGCUCUCCAUUGAAUUUUUUCUAUUGGUUGUCCCAACACCAACAGCGUCAGUUCAAAAAGUUCUAGGUAUUCAUCUCAAGGCUGGUCUUUUUUACUAAGAUGAUGUAGCAAGGACUCGAUGGCACUGUUUUUUAACUCAGAUUCUCCAGAGGGAAAAAUUAAUGGUGUGUAAUCCGAUCGAUCAACUGCAUUCCAUGAUUACUUCAACCUUUUAAAUAUGGCAAUUUCAGGAGAGAUUGAAGGUUCCAAACACCAUGCAAAUACUUUGCUCAAAAUGAUUUCCAUUAUGUGAUGGCGAGACGACAACCAUAGAAGUUCUUUAUUCAGCUUAUUUUCAAGGAAAGUGCAUGCACUACUCUUAAGACCAGUAUUGACGGUUGUUGUGUCAAAGCCCAUACCAAUGACUUUAUCAUCAAGAUCCCAUGUUUUAAGAUUUUUAAGUACAGCAUCUCCACUGUUCAAACCUGUUCCACUAGCCAAUGUUGGCACCCCCAGUAGUUUCUCAUUUCCACCAGCAUAGGAAACUAGCACUGGUAGUCUAUCUACCUUUUGUGAACCUAAAAUAUCGGACAGGAUUUUGCUGUCUCAAUGAACAACAAAUUGGUUCUUUGAUGUCUAAGUUUGAUUGAAUAUCUGUUGAAAAAUUCUGUCUUGCUGCUUCUCGUUUCCUUUCUACAGAACUUCUUGAAAGCGGUAAUUCCGCAGGAUCAUAUCCAAAUAUUAUUCAUGUCAAAUACCCAAAAGUAACAAAUACUUGAUGUUUUAUAACUCCUUUACACUCCAGUACCUUCAUGUUGAAACUGCUGAAAAUGUUUAAUAUCAACUGUAAUAAAGAGAUCAACAGCUUUGUUAACUUCUGAAUCUUGAAAAACAAACAAACAAACAUUUUCUUAACUUAAGUGUUUUACGGAAAUUUAUGAAAACUAAAUGUUGUUGAGCACUGCCUUCCAUAUGUUCUGGAGUGUUAAGAUUUGGCAUAGAUUAUUCUUUUAUUAGAUAUAACAAAAUGGGAGAGUCCCUAGGUCUGUAAAAAAACUUGAGUUUUUGGACCACCCUAAUGAGAAUCCAGUAGAAUCAUUUAUCUUCUUUUUCCUGUCUGAAGUUACUAAUUUUAUUAGAAAUAUUUCGAAGUUAAAAACUGAUAAUUAAUUUUAUCGGACAUGAAGAUUAUA